UGCCAUUGAACGGUGUAGAACGGGCACCAAUAGACGGCGGUGCAGAACGAUAGAUCCGGCGGCUGCUCUUACAAGCUGCUGAACCUGACCACGAUAUCAUGAGGCUGCUAGCUAGAACUGCACACUCGUAGUAGCAGAUGGAAGAGUGCGAUGCCUAGGUUCGACUAUGUAGGCUGCUUCUAAGGUCUGUGCCACAUUUCAUACGAUGGCUAGAUGAUGUCGGGCAUGGUAGCAAAAUGAAGUAAACGAAUGAUCUCAAAAGAUCAAAUUCCAGGCUGAACCUUGCCUGUCAGAAGCAAAUAUCGCCUUCAGAUUUGUCGGGGUGUUGUGAGGCAUCCUAAUUCGUAGUGAAUGAGUGACAGUACUGCUUGUUGACAUACGCCGCAAUCUGCGGCUCCUCCUGCUUCCAACCCCAUCAGCCACACCAGCCGCUCCUGCAUCCACCAUGACCCUGCGCAACAUGGAUUUUGAUAAAGUCCGACUUGCUAAAUUACGUGCAGAGGCGAAACGGCGAGAGAGAGAGUCCAUGGAUGAUCUCAACAACGGCCAUGAGGAGGCAUUCAAAAAGCUGGAAGAGAAGGAGUUCUGUGAGUCUGCGGUCAGGUUCUUCUACUUCCAAAAGAAGCGCGAGGAAGAGAGAUAUAGUAAGAAGAGAGACGAGAUCGACUCGGCUUGGGAGGCCGUCCUAGCUGAGCAAGGACGAGUCAUAUCAGAGAUAGCGAAACUCAGAGACCCCGGCCACAACCUAAAUCAUUCCGCCCUUGAUAUGCCGGACGUCCAACGAGCCCUAGCAGAAGGAACCAAAAUCGAGGUUGCUGAAAAUGGACAGGGCGAAUCCGCCGAUGUUGCCGUUAACACACCACACAAGCCUGCACUCCCCGCAUCUGCUCUGAAGAUCAAGCCCUACAUGGAUAGUGUUGCUGUCACCACAGCGUACAUGUACAAGAACAUGGGCGCUUCCACUCUAGGCCUUCAUACUAGGGCCUUUGACAACCCCAUCCUCACCGAGUCGGACGCCGUUCGAAACGCAAAACGCAUCUUAAAGAAUGAAACCCCUGGCCCAGCUUCGCACCUCGCCAACUACAAGCAGGCUUCCUCUAUCAUCCAAGAAACGAAGAACACCAAAUCUGCAGCUACAGUCACCAAACCGAGGAAGGUGGCUGACGCCGACAACACCGAGGAAGCCAUCACGAUCCCUGCCUGGCUUAGCUGUGUAGUAGAAGGCGCCGGCGGCGCUUUCAUCGAGAUGCAUUGCCCAGUAUGCAGAGCAAAUUCGACCCGUAUAGAAGGGUCGCGCGAGAUCAAAUACUUCAACGGAGUCGGAGGGUUGGUACGGCACAUGUGCCGCAGUCAUCCUGGGAGUAUGGACUUUGCGCCGGGCCCAGGGUAUGAUCGGGACGCGUGGCUGCUUGAUCUAUUCAUCAAGCGUGUCAUAGAAACCGAUGAACUUGAGAAUAUAAUAAACAGAGGGCGGGACUUCGUCGCAAAUUUAGUUCCUCAUGUGAUGAUUCCCCGAGGCUGGAAGAAGAGUAGCACUGCAACCGAUUUGGGAGAAAUUGUAAUUCUCACUGCUGAGGAUGUAGAUAUGGAUGGGAAUGGCGUGGACGAGGAGGUUGACGGUGCUGCGACGACGAAGCUGCUAGCGACUCCGAAGAAACAACACGAUUCUCGGGGCUCUAAGCGCCGACGACUGGAUAUGGACUAGUUGGCCCACUGGUACAAGAGGUGGCACGCUUAGCAUGUAAACCAUG